AUGCUGCAGACCGCCCUUGUCACGUCAGGCGCCACGGUUCCGUUCCCUCAACUGAUUUCGACGGUACUGGACCCGCUUGUCCUUACCAAACUGCGAGAACUGGGUUUCUCGAGGCUUAUCGUACAGUACGGAAAAGGUUUCCGCCGCGAGUUUCAAGAGAUGCUAGCAAAUGCUUCGCAGGCGAGCAAUGUUGCAGACACAUUCUUGGAAUGCGCUGCACUGCAACGUGAUGCAGUGGACGUCGCGCAGUGUGAAGGACUUCAAAUCAUAGGGUUUGCGUUGUCGGGGAAAAUAGAGCAGAUCAUUGUACACGAAGCACAGCUGAUCAUAUCGCAUGCCGGUACCGGGUCGAUUUUGGAUGCGCUACGUGCACAUAAACGGCUCGUGGUCGUGGUCAACACCUCGCUUAUGGAUAACCACCAGGCAGAAAUUGCCGACAAGUUUGCUGCAGAGGGAUACCUAGUGUCUGCGACCGCCACGGUCGAGAGCGUCACGCAGUGUCUGGAGCGGGUGUGUCAUAGCGACGCGCCGCUGCGUUCGUUCCGGUCAGAGCGCAGCGCGCCUUUCCAACAACUGCUGACGGAGUUGGCGUUCCGGUAG